GUGGCAGCCAAAUGUUACCAAAAGGGAGGAGCAGCUGAGAAGUCAAAACUGGCCCUGGCACACGAUGCCGUUCUCAAAGUGCAUUCAAAGAAAAGCAGCCCCAGGGAAAAGCAAAUGGAAUAUAUGACAUUGGCUAAAACUUACUUGGAAUGUGGAGAACCAAAACUGUCACUAAAAUGUCUGUUUCAAUCAAAGGAGUUCCAGCUUUGUGCAGAACUGUGUAAAAAGUUAGGAAAGAUGAAAGAUGCUGCAGUUUACUAUCAGAAAAGCCAGUGCUACAAAGAAGCAUCUGAAUGUUAUGAACAAAUUGAGGAGUUUGAUCUGGCAAUUAAAAUGUACUGUCAGGAAGAACUCUAUGAAGAAGCAGCAAAGGCAGUUGAAAGAUAUGAAGAGAUGUUAAAUACAAAAGGACAAAUGGUUUCCAAACUCUCAUGUACGGCGAAUCAGUUGUAUUUGGAAGCAGCUGCAAAGUACCUAAGUAUGAACAGAACUGAGGAAAUGAUGCAAGUUCUCUCAAAACUUGAUCUAGAGGAUCAGCUUGAGUUUCUUAAGUCUCGUGGAUGCUUGCGCCAAACAGCAGACUUACUGAAAAGGGAAGGUCGAGAGGAAGAAGCUGCAAAGUUAAUGAAACAACACGGGUUUGCUCUGGAAGCAGCCAGCCUCACAGCUAUAAAAGAGUUUCGUGCAUCGUGUUUGCUUGCUGCAGCACGUGCCGGUGUGACUCACUGUUCAGAAUCAGACCUGGUGGACAUGGAGGUCAUCCUAAGAGAAGCCCUUGAACUUUGUGAACAAACUGAGCAGAAGUCUGGCAUUGCUGAGGCUGUGUUUUUGCAGGGAGCUCUGAAGGGAGACUUUGCAAAGCUGAGCAGCGCAUACCGUCAGUUCCUAUCUCUGAAUCAUUCUGCUGGUGCAGUUGAAGCUCUCUUUGCAUUAUCUCGCUGCAGCGCUCCUAGCCAGGACAUCCUCUUUUUGGCAACACGCGGCUUGAUGGCUCUUCUGAGUCUGGUUAGGGGUUUGAAGAAAGCAGCCACCAACGCGGAGAAAGAUAUGGUGAAGUCAUGCUUUGCCUAUUUUGGGAUUGUCCCAACAGGUGACAGUUGCCAGGUGUCUCAAAAUGAAGCUGAACCCAUUCUCAAGUUUUUGUCAGACAGGCCAAGUCUAAAAGAGAGGAAGACAAAAGGUGAUUUCUCAGUAAGCACAGAGGAGGUAAAAUCAGCUCUGAAGCAGCACUUUUUAAGCAGGUUGUGCUCUAUCACCCAUGAGUUACUGAACAAGCAUUACCCUGAUAUUUGUAUGAAGUUCAUUGUUGGCUUGAACUGUGAAGAUAAAACCUGUGAGGAUUACCAUAAGCCUUUGUUGCGCCAUGAAGCAAAGACAAUAUUUCAGUGUAAAAUGCAUCUGGUGGCAAUAAACGGACUGCUGUUGGAAGCCACACGCACUUUCCCUAAGGAGCUACUGAAUCAGUUCAAAAGCUUCGAUGACAUUUUGACUGCUGACAAAUAUGCAUCAUGUAAAGCCCUCCUAGAAAUGUUUUUUCCUAAUCAUUUUCAUUUGAGAAUACUGUCUGAGAACCCAAAGGCAUGCAAAGAAAUACUGGAAUUCGGUAACAUUAUUUCCAAACCCUGUAGAGCGGUGUUGAAGGAGUACAUCACAUUUAAGUUUAAAAAUGAAGACACUGCAGCCAGAAGAGAAUCAACUGACUUGUGGCUAAGUGCCAUGCAAGUUUUCAUCUUAUCUUCAGGAUAUCCUGAAGAAUUUGAGAAACUUCUUUUUAAGGAAGAGGAUGAUUAUAACAAAGAGCUAAUCUUUGCUUUGUCGAAGGCAAAAAAUUCCCCAAAGAGUAAAGGCCAAGGAGGAAAGGCCAAAGGAAUAGAGGGCAGACAUGGUAUGUUGCUACCUGACAAAAAUGCCGAAAAUGCAGGGAGAACACACUUGUGCUUCAUUCGACUUCUUGAAAAUUCACUUGAGCAAUUCUAUGUUCAUAAGAACCCAGAAAACUGUAAAAGGUUUUUUUUCCGUUUUUUGAAUGUCCUGAUCAAGAAAUGCACGAGAUACCUGAUUCCAAGCAUAGGAAAUACAGUGAUGUUGUUGGAAUUCCAGUAUAUUCUCUGUUGUGCUGUCCUGAUGCGUCUCUCCAAGAACAUUACUCUCUGCUUUCCAAAGAGUUACAUUGCUCUCAUUCAUUACUGGGAGUUUUUGUUCAGAAGCAAGGACCGUAACAAAGAACUUAGAGACACAUUUUCUAUUAUACAGGAGUAUAGACCAAAGGAUGCAUAUGUAGCUAUACAGAAUUUCAGAUUUCAUCUCUGUUAUCUAGCAGAAGUUUUGUGUGGAGUUCAUGGAAAGUUCAAUGUCCUUCUGGAUGCUUUCGAGGAUCCUGAUUGCAUAACUUCAGGGGAAGCUGAGCGGACCAUAGUGCUGUGCUUAGUGAUGCUACUGAAUGCUGACCAGGCGCAGAAUUCUAAAUAUAGAUCUCUCUUAUGCCACCAUUUUCCUGAAAUCAAGGCGAUGCUGAAAUCAAUGAGAAAAGACUCUCCCUCUAAAGUGCCUGAAAGAUUGCUAAGGGUUGUGGAACAAGUGAUUGAUGCUACACAUGUAAGAGAAAUCGCUGCAAGCCUGCAAGAGCUUCUGACAGAGCGAGAUGCAGAGUACUUGGUUGACUGCCGAUGGAAGUGGGACUCUGCGUAUACUCAGGGGCAUCCACCCAUACGGGGCAUCCUGUAUGAAACCAUAAACCUUGACAGGUUUAUGACCUCUUUGGAUACAACAGAGUACACUGAUGAGCUAGAAAAGGAACUUGAAAGGAUUCAUUGCUUAGAGGACCAAAAGGAUCCCCUGGAAGUCAUUGCACUCAGCAAGCAACAGAAGCAAGAACAGAAAGCAUCUGCUCAACGCCAGCUGCGUCGUGUCUUCCAUUUCGUUUCUCUGUGCAUGAAGUGGAAGAGGAAGGCCUGCUCCAAAGCUGAGCCUGUUGCAAUGGAAGGAGAGGAAUUUUUAUCAGAGAUCUUCAAAAAAGCAGAUAUUGACCAAACCCAGUGUGACCUCUGUGGAGUCAGAUUUAUCCAGAGUUCUGAGAACUAUUUCAGCCACUCAGAAAACAUGGAGGCAGACACUUCUGAAGCUGUGACACCAAUAGAGAUCAGUGGGGAAGAAAAUUUGCAUGCGGAAGGAAAUGCAAUUUCUGUGGCCAGUGAGGCUUAUGUAGAGCACAGAAACACAGAUGAACACAGAAAUAAUAACGCUGCCUACAAAUGCUAUGCUGACUUUUUCAGAAGAAAGAUAGAUCCAAUAAUAUAUGAUGGACUGGAAGUAGUGGAGGCCAUUACAGAAAAGACUUACACCCGAGACCAUUUAGCAUAUAAAGAAGGUUCCAACUUAUGCCAGAGAAAAAUCAAAGAGAAUAUUAAAAAGAUUUCAGAUGCAGUAGAGGAAAUCUAUGAGAGAAAAGCCUGGGUUAAAGCUGAAGAAAUAGUAACCAAACAUGCCAACAAAUUGGUUGCCACCAUUGAUGAGGCUCGUAAGUGUCUGAAGAAAAUGGACUCUCACAGGAUGAAAGAAGAAGGCUUUGUGCAUGAUAGAGACUUGGAAAAUGAAGUGGAAGAUGAAAGCAUGGCUUUUGAAGAACUUGUCUAUAAAAAACUUUCAAGAAAAAAAGGAAGAUGUGGGAAAUGGUAAUUAGAAAAAAUAUGCAGGUAGCUAUUCUAUCCUCUUAACAAUCUAAUUUUAGAAUUAAAAAAAAGUUAGAAAGAAAAAUAGAGGGAUGGGGUCAGAAACAGGA